AUGCCCGAUGACGCCUCUUCUCUCUUUCUCCCCCUCCUUCCCGCCAUGGAUACGGUCAAGGACCGGCCGCGCGAGGCAACCGACAUCGCCACCCGCUCCCCCUCGGCUGUUCACUUCCUGCCGCCGGGGGCCGGACGCUUACCCGCAGCCUCGGGACCGGAAGCGGCAGCGGAAGCGGGUUUGCCCUUACUUGUGGACAGAACGCCUGGACGAGAGGGCGGUGUUGGCUACCGAGUGUCCCGUCGACAUCGAACAGAACCGUUGGCAGGGUAG